AUCUACGGGUCAAACAUAAUGUGACAUCUAACAUUACAUCACAUCUUUUAUACCGACACUUAUAGUACCUAGUUAUUGAAUCAGAAUAUCUUAGUAUUAAUACCAAGUAUUCACCAUAAACUUGUAUAGUAUUUAUUUAGUUUACUAAUUAUUAUGAGUUACCUCUAGAAAUUACAUAGCCCAAUAUGUUAGUUGCUCUAGUGAUUCUCACGGUUAUUUCAUUAAAUGGGUUAUGGGCCCUACCCAAUAAACCCAACCCUUCGAUAAUUAUUGUUGGAACUGGCCCAUCUGGAAUUGCAGCUGCCACAAGGCUCUUAAAAAAUGAUUAUAACAAUAUAGUUAUUUUGGAAGCGGAAAAUCGCAUUGGUGGUAGAAUAAACAGUGUAAAGUUUGGAGAUGCCUAUGUUGAUCUUGGAGCAGAGUUUUGUCACGGUCAAGAUGAUAACAUUGUUUACUCCCUGGUCAAAGAUUUGGGAAUUCUUCAGCCUCACACCUCUCAAGUAACUGCUUACACAUCAAAUGGAGAGAUCGUUUCGAAUACUUUGGCAAAAAAGAUAUUACAACUGGAAGAAUUCCUAGAAGCUACAGACACUUCUCCAAGUCAAUGUGAUAAUGCCCAAUCUGUUGAGGAAUGUCUGGAUGUUCAUUUUAAGUAUCUUGCAAAAACAGGCAUAGUAACCAAAGAAAGUGAGAUCGUCAUAAACUCCUAUGAUUGGGUAAAAAACCAACUAUGUUUAAUGGACUCACCUUUUGAUCUGAACGAUCUAAACAUAACUUCUGCUUAUAAGAAAUGUAAAGGGGACUUAGGUCUCAACUGGAAUGGAUUAGGCUAUAAAACUAUUCUGCAAGUUUUAAUGCAAAAAUAUCCUAAUCCUGAUAACCAGUUACCGAUUGACGACAAGAUCUUCCUCCAGAAAGAUGUCGUUAAAGUCACGAAUUGGCAACAAGGAAAGGUUACAGUAGUAACCAAGGAUGGUACUAGAUAUAAAGCUGAUCAUGUGAUAUUAACUCCAUCUGUAGGUGUACUCAAAUCAAAUUACAGAAGCCUUUUCAAUCCGCCUUUGCCAAAAGAAAAGAUACAAGCAAUUGAGAAUAUCGGUUUUGGGGCAAUUUUAAAAAUCAUGUUACAUUUUCCUGACAAAUGGUGGGAUAAUAAUACUGAUUGGGUUCUAAUGUGGACUCCUGAACACAAAAAGAAUCUUACUGCGGAAAAUUUGGAUUGGUUAAAUGCAUUAACAGGUACAAUAACAGCUGAAAACAAUCCCAAUGUUCUUAUUUCCUGGUAUGGUGGAAAAUAUGUUCCAGAAAUAGAGGCUCUCUCUAAAAGUGAAGUGGAAAGAGGAAUAAACUAUUUUCUAACUGCUUUCUUUUCAUCGAGUUAUAACGUUACAUUUCCGGAUGAAAUACUAAGAACAAAUUGGUACUCAAACCCACACUUCAACGGAACGUAUUCAUACGAAUCUGUCAAAGGGUAUUUGGCAGCUGGAAGUAGAUUGCCAGAUAAGCUAGCCGCACCUUUACUAAGGAACGACAACACGCCAUCUAUACUGUUUGCUGGUGAAGCUACGCAUCCUUAUUACUUUUCUACAGUACAUGGAGCUAUAGAGACUGGUUACAGGGAAGCAGAGAGAUUGAUAAAUAUUUAUAAAAAUAUUUAUAAAAAGAGUUCCUUCACUCAUUGUUAUUCGUAUUAUUUAGUCUUCGGUAUGUUUUGUUUAUUGGUGGUUCUGGCGGUGCUGGCGUUGGAUAGGUCAGGAGCUGUACUUGGUACCUCUAGCCCUGCCAUUGUUAUCGUUGGAAGCGGUCCAUCCGGUAUAGCAGCCGCUACAAAACUUUUAAAACAUAAUUUUACAGAUAUAAUAAUCCUAGAAGCCGAAAAUCGUAUAGGUGGAAGAAUACAUAGCAUCCAGUUAGGGGAUGCAUAUGUCGAUUUAGGAGCACAAUUCUGUCAUGGAGAGGAAAAUAAUAUUGUUUAUUCGAUGGUAAAAGAUCUGGAGAUCCUAAAACAUUCAAAUCAGAGCGUUCGAUAUGUUAGAUCCAACGGAGAAAUAGUCGACAAGGCCAUAACAGAAAAGAUUAGAAAAUUCCAGAAAUCUUUGGAAGCGUCUGAAGAUGGUAAAAAUGGAUGCGGAGAUGUCAGCUCAGUGGGAGAGUGUUUAAAAAUACAAACCUCUCUAUUUACGAAAACCAUCACAGAUCACAAGGAAUCCGAAAUAAUUCAAGAUUCUUAUGACUGGAUGAAAAACCACCUAGCUUGUCUAGAUUCUCCCCUGGACUUGUGCGACCUAACGCUAAUUUCCGCCUAUAAAAAAUGCGAUGGCGACCUAGGCCUGAACUGGAACGGAUUAGGAUACAGAACAAUCCUAGAUAUCAUGAUGCAAAAAUACCCUAAUCCUGAUAACCAGUUACCGAUUGACAAUAAUAUUUUACUACAAAAACAAGUGGUAAAAAUCAACAACUGGAACCAAAAUGGAAAAAUGGUUAUUGUUACGGCAGACGGUGAUAGGUAUAAAGCAGAUCAUGUAAUUCUGACACCGUCAGUUGGCGUUUUAAAGGCAAAGUACAAGAGUCUGUUUAAUCCAGCUUUGCCUGAGGAUAAAGUAAAGGCGAUAAAAAAUAUCGGUUUUGGGGCUACUGUCAAAGUAGUCAUGCAUUUUCCGGUAAAAUGGUGGGAUGGCAACGCCGAUUGGCCUUUCAUAUGGACAGCAGAAGACAAGAAAAAACUUAAACAGGAAAAUCUAGAUUGGUUAUCAACAAUAUCCAGUACGGUUCAAGGAGAAAACAAUGAAAAAGUUAUUAUUUCUUGGUUUGCUGGAAAAUACGUCCCUCAAAUUGAAAAUCUGUCAGAAGUUGAACUACGUAGAGGCUUGGAACGUCUUCUGAUGUCAUUUUUUUCGGCAAAAUACAAUGUGACACUACCUGACACAAUCAUAAAAACGAACUGGUACUCAAAUCCACACUUCAGAGGCACAUACUCCUACGAGUCGGUAAAGGGCCACUUAAUAGCCGGAGAUAAGCUACCAGAUAAGUUAGCUGUGCCGUUAGUAAAGGCAGAUGGAACGCCAUCUGUGUUGUUCGCCGGGGAAGCUACUCACCCGUACUAUUUCUCAACCGUCCAUGGAGCUAUUGAGAGUGGCUACAGGGAGGCAGAUAGAUUAAUUCGUUUUUAUAAUAUUAAAUAA